UACGUCUCUGUUGCAGCAGCACCGAGAAGUGAACAGAGAACAAGGAAGCAACAUGUGCUGACCAUAAUAACUCUACACAUCACACAGACAGACAGCAGCGAGACAACACGGAGCAGCGAGACCACGCACACACUGCUCAUAUUCACUAGGACACGUUUUUAUCUCACCAUGAAAAGAGAGGUCGAGGCUGGCGUCAGCUUCCUCAAACGCCUGGCCGUGGCACGUGGCAAGCUGAGCGCAGCCAAAGGAGAAUUGUUUUCUGAGAAGCUACAGAAACUUUUAUGUGACAAAUACGACGAGCACUGGUACCCUGACCAACCCAGCAAAGGCCAGGCAUAUAGAUGCAUCCGCAUAAAUAAGGAAGAACCGUGUGAUGAAGCCAUCGUGAGAGCAUGUGAGGAGAGCGAGCUCACACCCAGUGAACUCGGCCUUCCUCAUGAGCUCACACUGUGGAUCGACCCACUGGAGGUGUGUGCAAGAUGUACAGAGAACAGCAGGCCGUUCACGGUGGCCAGCUUCGAGGAGGAAGGUGUGGAGGAGAAAGCGGCUGACUCCUCGGUGGACUCGAUAAAUCUGGACACGUCCGAUUACCACUCUGCUACCUCCUCAGAUUGUGGCUCCACUGCGUCAAGCGACACAGAGGAGGAGGCGAAAGAUGGCGAGACAGAAGGAGAGCAAGAGAAAGAAGAGAAGGAUGUCGUCAAGAAAGAGGCAGCAGAAGGAGACACCUACACGAUAGCAAUGGUGCCCAGGAUCCGCAAGAAGCACGGGGAAGCACCAAAUAAAGUCAAAUACGUCAGAAAUAUGGUCCCUCCGAGCCUCCAGUACUUCUACCACCCUGCUCCGGUUUGGCCUCAGUACAAGAAGGCGGCUCCGGUGUUUGUCAGCACGGUGUGUGCCCCUCCCCCGCCACCGCCUCCGCCCCAGCAGGUAUUUAGCUACUACGUCUUGCCGCAGCCUUGCCCGCAGUUCAUCCUGCCUCAGGCCACUCUGCAGCCGUGGGGCGCUGUGAAGGGUUAGACCGUCCUGUGAAGGUGGAUCGAGAGUUAAAAGCUCCUUCAACUGAGCCAUGUCGUGUCACUUCUCUGAGUUCAGCUAAAAUUGGGCCAAAAAAAGAACUUCUUUCAUAGCCCAAAGGUUUUCUUUGUGCAAGCUGUAAUGAUUCCUCUUUUUAUUUCUGUUGUAAAAAUGUUUUUUUUUAAUAUAUCAGGUCUGCACUGCUAAUUUUGCUACGUACUGUACAAUCACUGGGUGCUCGGAUUAACUCAGGAACUCUCAGCAAUAUCCUUAAUACCAAAUAAUUAUCUUUUCGGGUGUUCUGUUAUCAUGUUUAUCUCUUUGUCGAUACACGGACCAAAUAUGGUCCACAGUUUCUACUUCACAGUUAAUAAAUGUAAAAUGUGAUUCAGGGGUUUAAUCUAUUGGAACUAGAGUGACACAAUCUGUUUAUUAAGAAAAAUAUUUUUACUAAACUGCUUGUAAAUAAUAGAGAACUUGGAUCUCGUAGACUGAUGCACACUUUCUAAUCUGUCUUUUUGUUGUAAUUUAUUCAGCCACCACUAGAUGGCAGUCAGCUCACAUAUAACACAUGGAAUUGUAUAUUUUUGUAUGAACAGUGACUGCUGUAAAUUGCAAAUGUAGCUUCGUAGAUCAUGAUUUUAUUUUUAAUGGCUUCAACUCUCUGCUGUCAGUACAAUGUGUAGAUAUUCAGCUGUAUCUGUUUUAUGGCUUGUUUGAAGCUUUGUGUUUUUAAAAGUUUUUAUUGUAGAUAACCGCUUGCUCUAAAAAUCUGCCACAGCUCUAUAAAUCCUGAAUACACAUCACUCACUGAUUCAAAUACUGUGACUUAAUUUAAUUAUAUUGAAGCAUAUUUAUUUUAGCGACCUGAAGGCUCAUUUGUGUGCUUAAGCCUUGUUUUGCUUCCAUCUUUUAUUAUUAUUACAUUAUUAUUAUUGCAACUCAUCUUGUGCAUUGGCCAUUUACCUUUUCUAUUGCAGCAGAUUAAAUCAACUCAUA